UGAAACCAUGACAGGCUCUUUGGGACACAUCACACCUGUGUGUCAACACACACAUGUAAAAAAGGAAGAACCUGAAGAAGACUAUCUCUGUAAGAAAACAUGGUGUAUACAAUCCUCCAGACUGGAGCCUAAUACAGGACUAAUACUCAGUAACUCUUCAUAUAAAUAAAUUGAGUUUAUUUAUGAAAGGCCCAGUCUUUCAAUACUUGCACUCCCAACCCUCCCAACCUUUGACCUUCAGAGUUGUAUUUGAGAUGAGAAUAUUUAAACAUGCAUGAUGGAAUUUCAGGUGAUGGGACAUCAGCGGAUCAAUCCUUGAAUGGAGGAUUUCAAAGGAAGCAUGUAAAUGAGGAAGAGUCUGAAGAUGAAGACUACCCUCGUACAAUGGGUUAAGUAACACGGCCACUGUAACACUCCUUUUAAAGUUUUCUAUGCAGCUCAUUUGAGAAAAAUACUGAAAUGUGGUGCAGGAGGUGGUGUUGCCACUUUACAGCGUCAGGAUCACCGGUUUGAUCCUGCAUGUUUGUUUCUGCAUGGCUUUCUCCAUGUUGCUAUGGGUUUCUUUUGUGUCCUACAGGUUCCGGCUUCUGAAAACUUGGCAGUAGGUGAACAUGCCCCUGGGUGUAAAAGUGUGCGUGUGUAUACAGUAUGGUGCCAUGUGGCGGACUUGUAUCCCAUUCAUGGUGUAUUCACAAAUCAAAAAUGAACGCUGCCCAGUUACAGGUCUUAUCCUGCUCGUGGUGUUCACUUUCUUGUACAUCUCAAAUUUACCUCCACAAGCACAUCAGAAGAUGUCACUAUGAGGAAUAUGAGAAGUUAAAAGCGGGAGAGAUAAAUCCGAGGAUGAUAAGCACCAGUAUUCAUCAAGCAGUCUCUGGUCCUGUCAACAGUAAUACCUUUAAUCAGCGAACGAAGAAAGACGUCCAUCCCUGUUCACAGUGUGGGAAGCGUUUUAGUGACCGGAGUAAUCUCCGACGACACCAGUAUAUUCACACAGGGGUGAAGCCACAUCACUGCUCAUUGUGUGGGAAGAGUUUUAUUCAGCUGAGAGAUCUCCGAGAACACCAGGUCAUUCACACGGGGGUGAAACCGUAUCACUGCUCGCAGUGCGGGAAGAGUUUUUCUCGACAGCGUGAUCUUCAUAUACACCAACGCAUUCACACAGGAGAGAAGCUGUAUCACUGCUCAGAGUGCUCAAAGAGUUUUAAUCGUCAGAGUAAUCUACAACAACACCAGUUCAUUCACACUGGGGAGAAACCGUAUCACUGCUCGCAGUGCGGGAAGAGUUUUACUCGACAGAGUAAUCUUCUACAACACCAGCUCCUUCACACAGGAGAGAAGCCGUAUCAGUGCUCACAGUGCGGGAAGAGUUUUAUUCACCAGAGUUACCUCCAACGACACCAGUGUGUUCAUACAGGAGAGAAGCCGUAUCACUGCUUACACUGUGACAAGAGUUUCACUCGACAGGUUGAUGUUCAACGACACCAGCAUAUUCACACGGGAGAAAAGCCGUAUCAGUGCUCGCAGUGCGGGAAGAGCUUUACUCGACAGAGCACCCUGAAAUCACACCGGCACCUCCACACGGGACAGAAGCCAUAUGACUGCUCAGAGUGUGGGAAGAGUUUUACGCGACAGAGUGAUCUCCAACGACACCAGCGCGUUCACACGCGAGAGAAGCCGUAUCACUGUUUACACUGUGGGAAGAGUUUUACUCGACAGAGCACACUGGAAGCACACCAGAUCAUUCACGCACAACAGAAGUAUGGAGUGAAAAUCAUGACGUUAGAAAUCUGAAGGCUAAAAUCUGGAUUUGAGUGUGAUAUUUAAUUUUGAACUGAUCAUGUGCGAAAAAUGGAUUAAAAUGUUGUAUGCAGGGAAAUGUGUAUUGUUUCACUGAUGCCAGCUACACUAGAGGUGUUUCAGGUGUUCAUGCCAGCACAGUCCAUGUUCACUCUCAAAGCUGUCUGUAUGUGAGAAGGAGAGAUCUCAGUGGCAUGAAGAUCAUCUUGGCACUACAGAGCAAAUCCCUGAAAUGCUAUGUGUGCAUGCUUAUUUUUGCUAAUGUACUUAAACUAACAGAGCUAAUCAAAGCUUAUUUUUCUGUCAACUUUUUUUUUUCCCCAGAAAAAUGAAUGGAAUCUCUCAGCAGCUAAAGUGAACAACUAAAGUAGCUGACGUCGCCCAUUUGGUUUGAACUCUUCGUGCAAUUUUUUUUAACUUAUCAUAAAUCAUAAGUUAAAAUAUACAAACAUGAGAAUGAACAAUAAUAAUUACUGGAAUUGUAUAGCGCCAUAAAAAUUAAGAGUAAACAAAUUACCAAAAGCAGCUGUAAAUGUUCAGUUACCAUAUA